AUGGACCCGUUCGUUGAAGCCUUUGUACCGUCUUUUUUUGCAACGCUGCUCAAAGAGAUUAGAAAGUGCUACGGGCGAUCUCGCAUCGGGGAGCCUAUACUUGAUCUUAAGCAGGUUUUGCGUGCAACAAUGGUCAAGGGGGUUCUGCAGCGAGGGACAAUAGCGCUCGGAAACGAUCCCGGGGUCCUCCGCAUCUAUACACGCGCAGCUUGCCCCGGCACUCUGGCCAAGAAUUACUUGGGAGAGUGGUGUUUUGCUUCGAAAGUCGCCGAAGAAGCAUCUCCGCGAGUCCAUGUGGUAGGCGACAUACAUGGAAACAUUGAGGCUCUCUUUAAAGUUCUAAUCAGGACAAAGCUAUUUAUUCUCGAUGAGCCCAUGAGCAACGAAUCCUACGAAGGCUAUGAAGACCCAGAAGAGCCAUUUUCAGUCAAAGGAUGGGGAGUUCACCCUCGUUAUGCGGUUGAAGGAACGCAGAAGUACAUUGUGAAGGACUAUGACCAUAUCUAUCUCUUUCUUGGAGAUUACGUUGACAGAGGCUCCUUUUCCAUUGAGUGCCUUGUUGUCCUUUUGGGCCUAAAGAUACUAUUUCCAAAUGCAGUAUAUUUACUGCGAGGAAAUCACGAGACACGUGCAUGUUUACAACGUGGCCAACUUUUUCAAGAGCUCAUCCACAAGUAUGAGUACGUAGAAGCGUCGAAAAUCACUGACAGACUCCUGCGCCUUUUUGACGCACUCCCAACCUGCGCACUCAUCAAUGACUAUGUCUUUGCUGUUCAUGCUGGUAUCUAUUCGAAGAACGCAUCUCUUGCAGACAUAGAAAAGUACUGCACAAAACGAGCACCCUGCUCUAAGUUUCACACAAAGGCGCCAUACUUUGACCCCCUUCACAAUAUGCUUUGGGCAGACUUCGUGGAGGAUCAACCCGCGAUUGAUCUAAGCCAGGACUUGGAUCAGUCAUCUCCCCCGCUUAAAAGAAUCUCCACCGGCUUAAAUUUAGUCUCCUCUGCAAGGAGUAGUAAGAAGCAGAAAACCUAUCAUCGGCGUACACAAUCAGACGGGGACGUUACUUUGGCUAGUUCAGAUUAUGCCAUGGUUCAGGCAAAGAAGUCUAUCAGUAUUGGUAAUGAUAUUCAUCCGUCCGAAACGGAGGCUUUUAUUCGGUUGGGAGUCUGUCUCAAUAGACGUAGGAACACAGGCAUUGUGUUUUAUCCCUCCACAGUGAAAGAAUUCUUGAAAAAUGAAGGGUUGGGACUAUUUAUAAGAGGACACCAGAGUACACCAUUUGGAGUGUCCAUCUCACAAACGGGAAAGCUAGUGACUGUCUCCAUCAAUUCUGACUCCACUCCGACUUGGCUGGGUGCUGUUUUAACCUUGGUACAUCCCGCUGAUGCUGACGCUUCUGAAUCUAUAUCCCCAGUUAAUCUUGCCAGUGAUACCUCCAAAUGCUUUCCAUCAGAUACGCUCGACGACCAGCAGACAGAUCCUCUCUUUCACCUCAUAGAAGAUGAGGAUUUGCAGCCCAAUACGCUUCCUGUUAUUAACAAGCACGAUGGUCCACUUUGCACUAGAACAUUCCCAGCUUAUUCUGUACCUGGUUACACUGUCCCUUCUUUGUUUUCCAUUCAGGACGCAAAUUUGGAUGCCCCUUCAGCAAUACCUACUAGAGGCUAUGGCUCUCGGAGCCAAUCAUCUCCACAUUCAUCUAUCUCCUCUGCCUCCGGCCUUGAUGACGCUGAAGAUCCUCGAAAUUCAGAAUGUGGGCAACUUAACAUAGAUAUAAGCAAGACAGCUUCGUUACCAGACUCUAUGACCACGCGAACCUCGAAGAAAACAAUUUGCAUUGUCGAUCAGUUAUCAACGUAUGCCCCUCAUAUGGAUCUACGGUAUCAGCCCUUCAUCAUUGCCAAACUCAAAGGCUAUAUUCCUCUUGCUAACAGCAAAUAUGAUGUCAUGCUUUUGCCAGACUACUGUAUUCUUCAACCCCCAGACCCGCCAGAAAAUGCGGCAGAAAUCUUCAACUAUUACUGUUCGUGUCGGUCCAUGGCUGAAGCAGGGUUACUCGCUGAUAAUUCUUUGGACAACGUCGAUAUUGGAGAAGAGUACGCAGGACAUUAUUAUACUCUAAACUCUUAUGACAUGCAGAAGUUCACCGCCUUUAUUCCCAAUCUUCCUGCUCUAAUCAAGCUCCUUUUUGCAAUCAAAAAUGAAUUUGAACUACCGACAUGCGUAGUCUACUCUGUCUUUUUGAACUUUCUCCAGUGGAUUUAUAGUCCUCAAAUGGAAAAACUUGAUUUUCAAUUCAAAGAUGAUGAUCUCUACAUAGGUGAUCUUCGUGUGCAAAUGCACCCCUCUCUUUUUGAGCCAGUUUUUCCGGCCACGAUUCUUAAGAACAUUGUUUUUAUCUCUCAAGUACUCCCCGAUGGCGGUCUUUCUUUUGUAGGCCCUCUCAAAGAAAAGCUUCAGAAUUGCCCUGUGUUCACUGUUGCUGUCCACCGCCUGAUGGAGGUCACUAACCCAACAAAGAUCAAAUCCAUAACGCUUAAGUGGCUUCCCCUAGCAAUGGGAAUCUGCUAUCGUAUGUUGUGGCUGAAAGGUUGA